UGGGCCCAACUUCGUUUCUCUGCCUCGCAUGUACAGUUUCGUCGUAUAAUCAACAAGAUGCCAGAGAUAACUUUCGUGUUCGGACCGCGCAAUAGCUUCUUCUUCGACUGUCGCCAAACAUGGAAGUUCCAUGAGAUACCGCAGACGCUUCGCCAGUUAUUCAAGAGCUCCAUGAGCAAUCCAUGGAGAGUCGCUAGCCCUUACUGUCUCGCGCUUGCCCCUCAGGGAGACUCUCCGGAGCCGAUUUGGUACAUUGGUUGCAAGACGUUAGAUGGGGAGGACAAGCUCUUCCACUCACGGACGUACUUUGACCUCAACUAUCCCGAUCUUGCGCAAUGGCUAAAGUCGUUCCCGAAUGCGGCCAGCUUGUGCUUCGUCACCUUCGGCCAGAAGUUCAGCUACUUCGCGUGCGCACCCGGACAGGGCUCGAUAUGGGCUGCUAUACCUUCGGGUCUCGAGGAUAAAGUGAAGAAGUCGCUGGUUACGCCAACUUGCGUUGGUCUUGGGAUGAAAGAUGCCUGGUUCGUUCUGUUCGCGGACGGACAUCUGGCAUGGAACUUCAACGGCCAUUACACCGGAUUGAACAAGAUUUUGAUGGAAACUGCACCGGGUACCGUCAGUUAUGUCGCCAUAUCGCCGUACAACAAACAGCACUACUUCAUCGCCUUCGCAGACCGCCGCGUCAACUACAAUUUCCAGGGAGCCCCUUCAGAAUGGACGCGACUUAUGAACCAAGUCUUCGAAUUAUGGGCCGCUGAAAGCAAACGACUGCAGACUGCUAGCCCGCCACGUUGGCUCCAGCCGCAGGUACAACCGUAUGUGCACGCGCAACCAUCUCCAGCGCAGACAUAUCUUCACCCACAGUCGACACACCUCGUCAGUGCUUCCCGACUACCAAUGUCCAUGCCGGUGUCGCCGACAUCAGUGCCAAAUACACCAUCGCCAAUGUACGUCAGUCCUGUGCAACAGAACGCUGUACCGGACAUCACGCCGGUGAACAAGACACCAGAGUAUGGUGUCGUCGAUCUUAUAUGUGCCGGCAUCUUCGUCGGUGCGACUGCACAUGCAGCUCCGCACUUACCUUCCCGAUUAGCGCGGAAAGCCGAACACGCACCUCUGCCGAUCACCACGGAUAUGCAUGUCCACCACAAGAGUGGGAGAGCUAUCACGUCACGAUGCAGGGUGCUGUAUACAAGUAACGCUUCUCCACGUUUUGGUUUUCUCACUUAUUCAUCUCGACGGGUACACGCCAGCAUGAUGGCAGCUAUUGCAAGAGCUUGGAAAGUGGGGGUGUUCGCGACAUGCUUGCUAACUACAAUAGCGCAUGCUGACGAACCCACGGUCACAGUGCUGAACGGGACAUACGAAGGUGUACAUCUGCCCUCGUUCAAUCAAGACAUCUUCUUAGGCAUUCCAUAUGCACAAGAUACGGGAGGUCAGAACCGCUUCCGCAUACCCCAAUCAUUGAACACCACAUGGAACGGCACACGCCCUGCCAAAUCGUACGGAGAUAGCUGUCCGGACCCGUCGGCUGCCAACUUCAGCAUGAGUGAAGACUGUUUGAGCAUCAACAUCGUUCGUCCGGCAGGUCUAUCAGCCCGCGACUACGCAAAGCUGCCCGUAGCGCUAUGGAUCCACGGAGGAAGCUACCAAGUCGGCACCAGCGCGCUUGCAAACUAUAACCUGACAUACAUCGUGCACAGAAGUGUGGAAAUUGGUCAGCCCAUCAUUGCAGCCAGCAUCAACUACCGCAAAGGCGGGUGGGGUAUGUUAUACUCGCGGGAGAUUCAGGGUACCGGCCAGACGAACCUCGCGCUUCGAGAUAUGCGGAAGGGACUUGCAUGGAUAUCAGAGAAUAUUGGAGCGUUCGGCGGCGACAAGGAUAGCGUGACCAUCUGGGGCGAGUCCGCCGGGAGUUUCGCAGUGGGCCAGCUACUCAUGUCGUACGGCGGCCAGACGGACAACUUGUUCCACCGCAGCAUUCAGGAGUCCGGGUCCGCAGCGACAGCAUGGUACAAUGGCACAGAUUGGUACCAGCCCGUCUACGACAACAUCGUCGACAAGGCAAACUGCACGGAUGAAGUCGACACCCUCGCCUGCCUACGCACACUGCCAUAUGAAGCCAUCUUCCCCCUUCUCGCAGCCCCAAGUCAAGGCCCAGGCUGGUACCCCAUCGUCGACGGCGACAUCAUCCCCGCCUACCCUACCGAACUGCUCGCCUCAGGCCGCUUCGCCCACAUCCCGCAUCUCUACGGCACCAACUCCGACGAAGGCACCGACAACGCCCCAGCGGACGGCGUCAUCAACACCGACGAAGAUCUAUACGCCUACCUCGCCAACAGCACGGGCUUCAACUUCCCCGACGCCGUCAUUCAGCGCAUCAUGGAACUCUACCCCAACGACCCCACCGUGGGUAUCCCCCUCAACACCGGCGUCCAGCUCUUCGCUGAGCAAGGGCUUCAGUAUAAGCGCAUAGCCGCCAUCAUGGGCGACGUGUUCUACCACGCGCCUCGCCUGGCAGAUGCUCGCGCUUACUCCAAGUACUCACCUACGUACAUAUACCGGUUCAACACGCUCCCCUGGCAAAACAGCAACACCGCCAGCGAAGGCGGCAAUCCGCGUGCAUACAAGGGCGUUGCGCACUUCACUGAAGUUGCCUUUGUCUUUGCGAACCCCAGCUUCUAUGGCCCGUGGGAGGAGUACAAGAAGCUGGCUGAGCAGGUGAGUGCGCAGUGGAUAAGGUUUGUGGCGAAGGGGGAUCCGAAUGGAGCGGGGUUGCCGAGGUGGCCGAAGUAUGAUGAGGGUGCGGGUGAGAGGGGACUAGAUCUUGUUCUUCAGGCAAGGGGUAGGGGGUAUAAUGGGAGUUAUGUUGAGGAGGAUGUUUGGAGGAUUGAGGGGAGGGAGUUUCUUAGUGAGUGGGCGAGGAGGAGGCAUGUUUAG